ACAUUAAUGACGAGUAGCAAGGGGAUUUCCCUUCAGAUGAUGACGUCUACAGAGCGGUGCGGUGAAUAGUUCUGAAGAGUGUUUGUCGUAAAGUUUUCGAUUUGACGAGAGGUCAUGGCUCUGAUAGACUAUUACAACAGAAGCAUGCUUAUACAUCAAAGGUUUGUUCUCAGUGCCAUUUUGAUAGUGACGUGCAUUACCGGAGAUUUCUUGCUGUCAAAGAUACAUCCACCCAGGCCAUCUUAUUGGUAUAGAGCACUUGUAGACAAUGGAACUCAUGGUCUAGUCGGUCUCCUAUCUUGGGCAAUUGUUAUCAACCCAACACUGCUCCCCUUCGGAGCAUUGCUGGAGAAUGAAUUCCUAUGGGAAAUCAUCCUGUGCGGCAUCUUGUCUUCCUUGGUAGAUCUUGAUCAUUUUGCAGCAGCUGGAACCUUAAACUUACAGAAAACAUUAUCCCUGCAAUCAAGACCACCACUCCAUGCAGCAACACUGAUCCCAGUCUUCUGCGUCCUGCUGCUUCUCGUUGUAAGACUGUUAAAGUUACCAAGGCUACAUCACCUACCACUCAUCCUAUUUGUUGCCUGGUUCUCGCACUUGACGAGGGAUGCAACAAGGAGAGGAUUUUGGUUGUGGCCAUGGAAUAGCAUGUCGAGGCUGCCAUACUUGUCAUACAUUUUUCUGGUUGCUGUCCUACCGUACUUGGUCAUAGCAUUUAUGAAUGGCACGAGUUAUUGGCACAGUCGUUUGUUAGACUCCAAGCAAAUUCCAAGAAAUGUUGUGAUCCAACACGUGUGAGAGACCAGUCUUUCACUUCAGUUGUCUACAAUGUUACACAGAGAGACAGAGCGAAUACAUUCAGCCCUGUCUAAAAAGCCCACCUAAGUGAAACAGAAAAAGUGGCCACUAGCGAUAAGUGGCUUUUUUGUACAGGUUAUACAAAAGAUAUUCAUUCAAAUGGGAGAAGUAUUGUGGCCAGGAGUAAGAUGGCAUAUUUCUAUUCAGAGAUAUUUGAGGGCUUCUUAUCAGUUGGAAUGCCACAUUCCGAUUUGAUAUUUGGAACAAAACAUUUAAAAGUCAUGGAUUUCCAACUUCCCAACUUCAUAAAUUCUUAUCUACAUGUAUAUUGAAAACUUUGAACAUGAUUGACUUCUGAAUUAUCAGCAGUGAAAUCUGCCUUUUUAAGCAGGGUUAGCUUACCUGUCUGAUUUAUUUUCUUGUCCAAUAAUGUCACUGAUGUUGACAUGGUCUCCCGUUUUCAUUUCAUCUGAUUCAAUCCAUCAACCUUUUGUCUAACAACCAUUUAGUCUAAUCAUCACUUUGUCUAAUCACCAGUUCGUCUAUGACCAUUUUGUCUCAUAAC